GUCGUCAGCCUCUCAGGCAACCAAGCCGUGCGCCUGCCCCUGAUGGAGUGCGUCCAGGUGACCAAAGACGUGACGACGGCGAUGAACGAGGGGCGCUUCGAUGACGCCCUGAAACUGCGAGGCCGGCUGGAAGAGAUCAGCUGGGAUACGGUCGGCAGCUGGACUGGGCUGGGAGGAUCCAAACUGGGGACGAAGAGGUCGAGCCCCCCACCCCAGGCUUUCACGGGCAGCCUGGAGCUGAUGGAGGGGAGGGCAAAGUACGAAGAGCUCUGCAUCCCGCUCUGCAUCAUCCCCGCCACCGUCUCCAACAACGUCCCCGGCUCCGACUUCAGCAUCGGCGCCGACACCGCACUCAACACCAUCACCAUGACCUGUGACCGCAUCAAGCAGUCGGCGGCCGGGACCAAGCGCAGCGUCUUCAUCAUCGAGACCAUGGGCGAGCACUACAGCAUCCGCGGCCUGCAGAUCAACGUGGAGCAUUUAACUGAGAAGAUGAAGACGACACCCAUCUCCCUCCCUUUGCAUAGGAACGAGCGGUGCAACGACAACUACACCACCGACUUCAUCUACAACCUCUACUCGGAGGAAGGGAAGGGCAUCUUCGACUGCCGGAAAAAUGUGCUGGGACACAUGCAGCAGGGUGGCACCCCGGCCCCCCUCGACAGGNNNNAGGGUUCAAAACGCUGAGCCCGCUCCCUGCCUCCCCUCACAGGUCGGAUCUUUGCUAACACGGAUGACUCCGCUUGUCUGCUGGGCAUGCGCAAGCGCAGCCUCGUCUUCCAGCCCCUCACCGAACUCAAGGAGCAGACAGACUUUGAGCACCGCAUCCCCAAGGAGCAGUGGUGGCUGAAACUUCGCCCCAUCCUAAAAAUCCUGGCCAAAUACAACAUCGAGCUGGACACCUCGGAGAAAGCCCACCUGGAACACGUCACACACAAGAGGGUCUCACUCGAGUCCCACAUCUAA